UAUGGAUGUUUUGAUGGUUUCCGGAUCGCGAUCGCCACAUCUUCAGUCAGUUUAUCAUAUGCAUAAAGGAAUGAAUAAGAAGAAGACUACACUUCUUGUGGUGGAUGGAGUUUGUGAUAUUCUUCAAGAAGCGCCUAGUAAUCUUGCUCGUUCAUUGAUUUUGUUAUGUAAGGGUUGCGGUGUUCUUUCUGGUGUUCCGAUUCCUGGAAUGGAACGUCAACGAACUCUUAGCAGCAGUAUGGAAGAAGCUGACCGGCCGACUAGGUGUUGA